AUGACUGACAAGCAUCGCAAGAACAACUCUUUUGAGUCUGGAGGAGCCAUUUCUUCCUCGAGCUCCUUAAAUUCAAGGGGUAGCUCGACAACACGGCACAACGCAGGAAAUCAAGAUAUUCCACACGUGAGUAUAGACGAUACAGAUUCUGGACGAGAGAGCCGAAGCCCUAGAAGAUUUCAGAAACAAAUCAGCCCGUUCAGGUCUCCUAGAUUGGGUUUUCUGAACAAUUUGCAUUCCCCAAAACUGAAGACUAAGUUUGAACCUGCAUAUCACGAACUAGAAGACCAAGACGAUGGUAACGACAAUGACGUGUCAAGGACAAUGCCCACUCUACGCAUAGACACUGAGUACAGUGAGACAGGAUCCAACCCCUUUUUGGUUGCAGAUGAACAGCCAAAAUCUCCGUCGGGCAGUUUUUUGCAUUCGCCAAUUCUUGAAAACGCUCAAUCAUCUGAUGUUUUAAAUACAGGUCUUGAAUUGGCUUUGGGUGAAAGGUUAGGUAAAGGUGCCUGGCUGCCCACUGCUGAAAAUGCAGAUGAAACUCAAGAUCAAGACUUCACCAAUUAUCAAGAACAUUCGAUCCCGGAUGAUGGCAGCCAAGCCCAAAAAUACGACCAGAGCUCCUCACUUUCUCCAUAUGAAAACAUAGAAAUGGCGUCACUGAAUAGUAAACUAUCAAACAUAGAGACUAGGGUUGAAUCUAAUUCAUCAAAGCCUUCAAGUCCAAAAUUAGACACUUCGCCGAAAAAGGUUACUUCAGCAGUUCGGAGACUUUCCUUGAGAGUUAGUGGGAAGGACGAUUUGGAGGAGUCCCAAAACAUGAGAACGUCUGGUGAUAUGCCUCAAAUUUAUUUAAGUGAUACAUCUGAUUCGAAUGAUUAUUUACAGCCGGCAGUAUCAAAAUCAGAUUUUUUAAGUGUACAUCCUGAAUCCACAAGAGGUUCCUUUCUUCCAACAGAUGGCAAGCAGGAUGGCCUGUCUUCGAUUGGCUCUGCUAAAGAAGAGGUUCAAAAACACGAGGAUGAACACGAAGAGAUCUGCUUAUUUGGAUCCACUUUGCGAUUGUUUGACAACGACAGCAGAGUUAGACAAAGGUGUGCAAAAAUAGUGAUGCACAAAUAUUUUGAUCCCGUGGUUGUUUUCUUGAUUUUCUUAGUGACUGUUCUUUUAUCCUAUCAACUAUGGAUUCCAGAAGUUAGAGGCUAUCAUCAUGCAGAAGAGUAUACUAGUGUUGACUGGGUCUUGGUGUUUAUAUAUGUCCUGUUCACAAUAGAAACAGUUCUCAAGAUAAUAACGUUCGGCCUCGUCGAUGACUCACAAAUGUACGAGGCUUUGAAUAUCACCAUGAAAACUAACCAGUUUUGGUUAUUUUGGGACAGAUGGGAUUGGAAAAAACUGCAAUUUAAAAGCCAGACAUCCUCUUAUCGAAAGACUAUGAGCGAACCUUCAGAAAAGUUUUCACAUAGUUCCACGAAGCUGAACAGAGCUUAUUUAAGAGUCAGUUGGAAUCGCAUAGAUUUUGUUAGUGUGUUUGCAUUCUGGAUAUCCCUGUUUCUUUCGAUCAAUCAUUAUGACCUUCGCAACGGCAUAUUCAUUUUCAGAUCAUUAAUGUGUUUGAAAAUUUUGAGGCUUGUCAAUCUGACUCAUGGCACCUUCACCAUCCUAAAGGCAUUAAAAGAGGCCAUACCAGAAUUAAUAGAUGUCAUUUUAUUCUUAGUGUGCUUUUGGUCUUUUUUUGCAAUUUUAGGCGUUCAAUGUUUUAAAGCAUCAUUUAGGCGGCAAUGUGUUUGGACCAACCCUGCUGAUCCCACCGAUACUUUCGUAAAUGAAAUGCAAUUUUGUGGGAGUUAUUUGGAUAAUGGAAGAACAAUGCCCUAUAUUUACUCAAAUGGAGAAAGUUCAGGAAUUGCAAAAGGUUAUCGUUGCCCUCAAAAUUCGGUAUGCGUCUCCGAUGUCAAUCCCUAUGGAGGUGUACUAAGUUUUGAUAAUAUUGCGCACUCUUUUGAAAUAGUGUUUGUCAUAAUGAGUGCUAAUACUUUCACAGACUUGAUGUACUACGUUAUAGACAGUGAGAAUCUUGCUGCAUCAUUAUUCUUCAUUGUCACUCUGUUUACACUUACCGUUUGGUUAGUCAACUUGAUAAUUGCUGUCAUUGUGCACUCGUUUAUGAGGAUCAAGGAUAAUAUCAAAGCUCAAAAUAAAAGUCGAAAUGCCGAUAGAUUACUCAUUUCUAAAACUUGCAAGAAGCAGCACGAAACCUACUCGAAGACAAAACGUAUUCUCUACUACAGCAAGUUUGAACCACUUUUUUGUUUGUUGAUUGUUUGUAACAUUGCAAUCAGGGCUAAAUUUGACAAUGCAAGCAUUGUUUAUAGGUUUGAUUGUGCAGUGACUAUCGUGUUGCUACUUGAAAUUAUUGCCAGAUUUUGCAUCUUUUUACCUAAGUGGAGGAUUUUCUUCUACUCCUAUGCCAACGUGAUCGAUCUACUGCUGGCAGUGAUCACAGCUCUUAUAAUUAUUCCUCCAAUUAGGACUAACCUAAACAUUGCUUAUGAUUGGCUCUCGUUUUUCUUUCUCUUUAGAAUUUAUCGUGUGGUCAUGAUGAUCAGUUAUAUCAAAAUGACAUGGUACCGCAUCAUCGUUAAUUUGCAAUCAAUUAUUGAUCUUUCCAUAUUUUACUUUGUUCUCUUGUUUUUGGUUUCAAUAAUUGUAACAAGAUUGACAGAAGGAAUAUUGCCUGAAGAAGAAAUUGAAGAGAAUAUGCUGACGCUCUACAACCUUCCCAAUUCUUUUAUUUCGUUAUACAUCAUAACAACCACGGAAGAUUGGACAUCAAUACUUUACUUAGUUCAGCAGUACUCUCCAAACACAUCAACAGCAGUAUUUGUCGCUUGUUACUUGAUAUUUUGGUUUUUCUUCUCUAACAUGUUGAUCUUCAAUAUUUUCAUUGCUGUCAUUGCAAAGAGUCUGGAAGUUUCAGAAAUGGACAAGCGAAAACUUCAAAUUACAUCUUUUUAUAACAAGUUGAAAAGGCACUUGAAUGAGCAAAAGUAUACAGGUCUUCUGUCAAGCUUCAAAAGGAAAUUUACUAAGAAAAGCGAUUACAAAGAUAAAGAAGAAUUUGACGAGGCACUUUUACUCUUGCUGCUAAAUGGGAAGCUUAAUGAAUAUCUAAUGGUAAAUGCAGCUCAAAAGCCUGAAUCCAAUAGAAUAUAUAACUACAUUUCAAAGUUUUCUUUCGUGCAGAAGAUUGAGAAAUUUCUUACUUCUUGCUUUCAGAAUCCAUUUUACAACUUUGACUCCUUUCACAACGGAUACAAGAAAAGGGAUGAUCUUACAUUUGCAGAGGCUUCUCAGUUUCUCAUGGACCAGAAACAGCUUCUUGCCAAUGAAAGAACCAAAUACCUGAAAGAGAAUCCUUUUUACAACACUUCAUUGUAUAUUUUUGCUCCUAACAACAAGUUAAGAAUGAAAUGUCAAAGAAUAGUCCGUCCUACUAAUGGAAAGAGGAUUGAAGGUGUCCAGCCAAAUGAGAAACUGAAAGAUACAUUCCUUUUUGUCAGCUUUCUCGUUACCAUUAUGAUGGUUGUGUCGGUAUGUAUUGUCACACCAUUAUAUCGAAGGGAGUAUGCAUUUUAUUCUUCCGAUUGGGGGUGGCCCACAUAUCUAGAUUGUGCAUUCACAAUUUUUUUCACACUAGAGUUCAUUGUUUCAGUGAUUGCUGACGGCUUAGCAUUUACGCCACAUGCAUACCUCAGAUCGCCCUGGAACUGUAUUGAUGCUGCGGUUCUUAUCACCUUAUGGAUCAAUUUUAUUUCAGAACUUCAACAUAGUGGCCCUGCAUCCCGAGUUGUUAAUGGAUUUAGAGCACUAAGAGCUUUUCGAUUAUUAACUUUGAGCUCGACGGCCAAAGAGACGUUUCAAAACACUAUGAUUUCAGGCUUUUGGAAGAUUUUAAAUGCCGCUGUAGUGUCCAUGACCUUGUUGGUACCAUUCUCCAUCUGGGGUAUGUCCAUAUUCAAGCAUCGAUUAGGCUAUUGCAAUGACGAGGAAAGCACAAUGGCCGAAUGUAUGGAUGAAUUCGCAAACGAAGUUUUUAAUUGGGAAGUUCUGAGCCCUCGAGUUUAUGUGGAACCUCCUUUGUAUCUUGACGAUUUUGUUACUUCUUUUAAGUCACUUUACGAAAUCAUUUCACUGGAAGGAUGGGUUGACCUUUUGGAAGAUGUUAUGAAUAUAACAGGACUAGGACUUCCACCGAGUCAUUUUGCUGAUCCCUUCAAUGGUCUGUUUGUUGUAUUGUUUAACUUUUGCAGUACAGUUUUCAUUCUGACCUUGUUUGUGUCAGUCAUUAUCAGCAACUAUUCCAAGAAUACAGGAACCGCUUACUUAACGGAAGAACAAAAAUCAUGGUAUGAGAUAGAAAAAGUUCUAGGAACAGUGAAACCUUCCAAGAGGCGGGAUGCGUCAAGAUUUGGGCCGGUGACAAGGUGGUCUUACAGAUUAGUAGUUGAAAGAAACGUUUACUGGAAGGCGUUCUUAAACACCUGCCUUUUUGUUCACACCAUCGCUCUUUUUUGUGAAAUUUAUCCAAGCCCUGCAAUGCUGAAUGAUUUUAGAUAUGCUGCUUAUUUGAUAUGUUCUAUUGCGUUCACUAUUAACGUUAUACUAACGAUGGUUGCUAUCGGGCCCAAAGACUUUUUCACCAGCAGAUGGAACCUAUUCAAGACUGUUGUCGUUAUCGGGGCCUUACUCACUUCAGCAAUUGCAUACGAUCUCCCCAGAAAUACGGUCUUCGCAAACAUAAAUAAAUUGUUCUUGAUCUCCCUUUUGUUUUUUGUGAUUCCAAGAAGUGAUAGACUCAACCAGUUAUUGAAGUUUGCUAGCGCAAGUUUGCCGGCUCUUUUAUCCUUAGCCUAUACGUGGGGUGUUCUGUUCUUGGUUUAUGCCAUUGCUAUGAACCAAAUAUUUGGUUUGACAAGGACGAAUGAAAACUCGUCCAAUAAUGUUAACUUCAGAACCGUUCCAAAGGCUUUAAUCCUACUUUUCAGGAUGAGUUUUGGUGAAGGUUGGAAUUAUGUCAUGAAUGAUUUUGCAGUCGAGGCUCCGUUUUGUUUUUAUUCUAGCAAUGUUUACGACUCCGACUGUGGAAGUAAAUCAUAUGCCUACUUCUUGUUCAUGACUUGGAACAUAUUGUCGAUGUACAUUUUUGUGAACAUGUUCAUAUCUUUGGUGGUUGAUAGUUUCAGUUACGUUUACCGCAGUUCGGGACCUCUCUCAAAUGUCACCAGAGGAGAAUUGCGAUUGUUCAAACAGGCAUGGCUACCGUUUGAUCAAAGGGGAACUGGUUACAUCUCAGAGGAACGGUUAAUGAGUUUCCUAAGAAAACCAAAGGGAGUAUUUUCUUACCAUAUCUAUGACGAAAGAUAUUCAGUGACAACUUUGAGUAAGAGAUGGUUUGUCCAACAUAAUGCCAGCGAUCCUUACGAUGUCUUCAUUGAUUACGGUGCAAUGUCCACUGAUAUAACUCAUUUGUCACAGAUGAGGCUUAAAACGCAAAACAGAAUUCAAACUUACGAAAGAAUGGUUGAAUAUUUCAGGUUGAUUAAUAGGAGAAAUAAUUUCAAGGGAAUUGACUUCACCAGCACAAUUAGAAGGCUGGCUCUGGUUACACUGUUUGAAGAGAGUUCAUGCUUAAAGCUUGAGGAUUUCUUGACUCACUUUAUGACCAAUCAAAAGUGUGAUUUGGCCAUCAAGGAGAAGAGAGUCAUUGAGACACUGAAGAUGGUCAUCUGCCGUUGGAAAUUCAAAAUGAAAGAUUAUGAUGCUCUUCGAAGUAUGGUUCUGGAAGAUGAACUGAAUACUGCGUUUAUCAAGCAAGAAUUUAUUCCAACAGAAUCCGAAAAUCCGUUUGAGGAAACUGAAUCGAAUAAACUUCAAGGGGAAUAUCCAAAGCCUGAUAUCCAAGCCCAGCCUUACCCCAAGUUUGAUUAUCACAACACUUUUGACAGAUACGAUCCUUAUAAUUACGCUUCAUAUGGGUAUAGAGGAGAUGAGCACGGUUUUUCACAAGAUAUUCGUCUUCGAAAUUUAACCACCAGCAAUGACGAAACUACUGUUAAUCCCUUUGUCCAUACUUCUGUUGAAGCAGAUGAAAAUGACUCCGAUAAGAAAACAACCACGUCGGUCAAGGAAACAGAACUAGCUUCUCGUACCAGUAGUUCGUCUACUUGA